UUUUGUAAUUUUGUAAAAAGAAAAAGAGAGAGAGAACCCACAGCAACAUUCAAAGCAAACACCACCUGUCGAUUACGGGGAGCGCACUGGAGGCAGCAGUGGAGGGAAAGGGCACAGGCGGCUCAUUCUAUGCUUGCCACGAGGCUGCUAACACGAGGAAUUAUUGAGAGUUAUACGGAUACUAGCCUGGAGAUUAUUCUGAAUUCUUUAGAUCACUGAACAAGUAGUUUGUUUUCGGUGUUCUGUUUCGCCUUCGGUUCCCUUUUUGGUCGUUCCUGUUUCUAUUGUUUGGAGCUAACGGAAAUUUUCGGAGUUCACUGAUCAGAUUUCUGCGAGAUUUCUUCUUUUUGGUUUGUUUGCCUGCUGGUUAGAGAGGAUAAUUAAGGGAAUUAGUCGACAUGGUGAGUGGAAAUUUGUUUCACUGUAGAAAGCAUUCAUGGCCAAUUGAAGACUAUAUCAGCAGAACUACUUUGCAGCUGUUUGAUUUUGACAGUGCAGCUCCACCAGAACAAGCUUGGAGAAGGAGAUUAAACAGCCAUGCUAAUAUUCUUAAAGAAUUUAGUGUGACGUUUAUGGAAGCAAUCAAGAUGGUACGCUUAGGUAUACGUUUAUGGUCCUAUAUUAGGGAAGAAGCCUCCCAUGGACGGAAAGCACCAAUUGAUCCUUUCACUCGGGAGAGUUGCAAACCAUCAGCAUCUCAAGGGGUUCCACUUGGAGGGAUGGGAAGUGGCAGCAUAUCCAGGGGAUUCAGAGGUGAGUUCAGGCAAUGGCAGAUACUUCCUGGCAAAUGUGAUGCUUCACCUAUCAUGGCAAAUCAGUUCUCUGUAAAGUUCUUUUCUUCAACUUAUUGUUGUUUUAAGAUUUUCUUCUUGCCGCUUUUCUAAAACAAGUACCUAUUGUCUGUAGUGCGAUUCACUAUUGUAGCAUAUUUGAAUUAAUUUAUUAAUCGUUCUUUAAUCAGAACAACGUCCGUUGGGAUUUGUCUGGACAACAGAAGUGAUGUACAGUGUCCUUUCUUCAAACAGAGUUUCUUUAUGCCUUCUUAUGUGCCAGGAUAAUAGGAUUUCUCUAUGAGAGAUGAAACCUUUUUCCCCCCUCUAUAUGUGCCAUGCUUGUCACUAUCUCUUGUAUUUUGUUGGUUCAUAUAUUUGUCACAUAAAUAUGUGCCUUUUCGUUCCUUUUUUUUUUUUUAAUAAAGGAUGGCAUCUGAACUCAGUUUUUUUGGUUGGUUGUAAUUUUUGUUCUUAUAUUCUGAACUCAGUUCUUCUGUGUGUGCUAUGCUUCUCACUUAUCUUUUGUAUUUUGUUGGUUCAUAUAUUUGCCGCAUCAAUAUGUGCCAUUUUGUCCUUUUCUAUAAAGGAUGGCAUCUGAACUCAGUUUUUUUGGUUGGUCGUAAUUUUUGUUCUUCUAUUCUAAUGGAACGAGGUGGACCGCCUUUA